GGGAAGAGGAAUGCCUUCUGUAACUCGUCUUAUAUCCUUCUUCCCAUUUGUGGGGAAAAAUGCUUCUGAAAUCUGGUUUUUUAUUGCAUUCUCGAAUCCCUCUCAUUUCUUCCACCUUCUGGACAAGUUAUCCUUCAAGUUUAACAUCUUCAACGAUUUCAGAGUUCACGAGUAUGGUCUUUAUGCUUAAGGUUUGUAUGAGAAAAAUGAGCACUACGGAUAUGGCAACAGCUACACCAGUUUACCCUAAGUUUAUCCCAGUGGAACAGAGUGAAAUUACUUCAGUGAGCAAGUCUGACGGCUUCAAAUUUCGCGUGGUUUCAUAUAACAUCUUGGCUCAGGUAUAUGUAAAAAGUUCUAAAUUCCCAUACUCUCCAGCACCUUGUCUCAAGUGGAAAGCUCGUUCAUCAGUAGUUCUUGAUGUUCUCAAGAGUCUUGAUGCUGAUAUCUUAUGCUUACAGGAAUUAGAUGAGUAUGAUAAUUUCUACAAAGAAAAAGUAGAGAAGCAUGGUUACUCAAGCAUUUACAUUAAGAGAAGUGGGAGGAAAUCUGACGGAUGUGGGAUUUUCUACAAGCACAAGAAAUUGGAGUUGAUCGUAGAGGAAAGAAUUGACUACAAUGACCUUGCUAACUUGAUUCUAGAUGAACCAUCACGAGUGGAACAAAAGAAGGCUCUUGAUACCAAUAAUAAAGAGCAAGGAAAGACUCAAGGGGAUCUUGGAGAUCCUAAUGAUCCAUAUGUACGGUUGAAGCGUGAUUGUGUUGGAAUUAUGGCUGCAUUCAAGUUCAAAAAUCCUUGUCAACAUUAUGUCAUUGUGGCAAACACACAUCUUUACUGGGAUCCAGAAUGGGCCGAUGUCAAACUUGCGCAGGCGAAAUAUCUAUUAUCACGUGUAGCCCAAUUCAAGAAAAUGGUAUCGGAAAAAUUCGAGUGCACACCGUCAGUACUUAUUGCUGGGGAUUUCAAUUCGGUUCCUGGAGAUAAGGUAUAUGAGUACCUUCUUUCAGGCGGUUCUAUGGUGGUACCUUUACCAGAAUGUUCAGAAGACGUACCAGUUCCUUUGUGCAGUGUUUAUGCAUACACAAGGGGUGAACCACCGUUCACAAACUGUACCCCUGGUUUCACUGGUACGCUUGAUUAUAUAUUAUUCUCCCCUUCUGAAGGCAUCGAACCGGUUGGUUACCUUGAACUUCCAGUAGCAGAAUCGCCCGACGUAAAAGGUGGAUUGCCAAAUUAUUACCAUCCAAGUGAUCAUCUGCCAAUAGGUGCUGACUUUGCAGUGGUUUAAGAUAAUUAAAGCCUCUUUUUGGGUGAUCAUCGCUCCCAAUUUGGUCAAUUUUUUAGGUGGUUGUUCUUUUCUAAAGAAUUUUUUUCUAUCAUUAUUUAUAUAUUGUUUGUUACAGUGAUUUUAUGAACUACCUUUCUGGAGUCAAUAAUGAUAAUUUUCAAACUUAAAGUCCUCAAAUAUCAUCCCAUUUUGUUGAACUUUGACAAGUUUUUAGUUUGAUUAUGGGGAAAACUUCUA